AUGCAGUUUACAAGGCUUGCGAAAUCUAGAAAGGGAGGGCUCAGGGAGAGUCGGAUUGGGGACUAUCUAUCUUGCCCUCAAGGGGUUGUCAACGGGUGGUGGAGGAGAAGAUGGAGAAGAUCUGCGUCGCCGUCCGCUUCCGCCCGCCGCUGCCUCAAGAAGGCCUUAAUCCAAGCCCCAGUCCAGCUAAUUGGAGGAUCGACGACAAUCGAAUCUCCCUUCACUCUCCUCUGGGCACUCCCAUUUCAGGCGUCUCCUUCGCUUUCGAUCACGUGUUCGAUGACACUUGCACGAAUUUGAGCGUUUAUGAGCGCCACACGAAGGAUGUCAUCCAAGCGGCAGUCAAGGGAUUCAAUGGAACUGUGUUCGCUUAUGGGCAGACCAGCAGUGGAAAAACUUUCACAAUGAAAGGUUCUUCAAACGACCCAGGAGUUAUCCAUCUGGCUGUCCAAGAUGUCUUUCGGAAUAUUAAAUUGACGACAGAUCGUGAGUUUUUGAUUCGGGUUUCAUACAUGGAGAUCUAUAAUGAAGAAAUCAACGAUCUAUUUAGGCCAGAGAACCGAAAGCUGCAAAUUCAUGAGAAUUUAGAGAGAGGAAUUUUUGUUGCUGGCCUAAGAGAAGAGAUUGUGAAUAGCCCUGAACAAGUAAUUGAUCUCAUUGAAUAUGGAGAAGUUCAUAGACAUGUUGGGCAGACAAACAUCAAUUCCAGAAGUAGUAGAUCCCACACUAUCUUUAGAAUGGUUAUAGAAAGUCGAGGGCAAGAACCUGCAGCAUUUGGGGAUAGGACUGAAGAUGCUGUCCGCGUCUCCGUUUUGAAUUUGGUAGAUUUGGCUGGUUCAGAGCGUAUUGCAAAGACUGGUGCUGGUGGCGUACGUUUGAAGGAAGGGAAAUACAUAAAUAAAAGCUUAAUGGCCCUUGGCAAUGUUAUCAACAAACUUAGUGAUAACGGUGUUAGGCAAAGAGGACAUAUUCCUUACCGUGAUAGCAAGCUCACCAGAAUUCUUCAGCCUGCUCUGGGUGGCAAUGCAAAGACUUCUAUUAUCUGUACGGUUGCACCUGAAGAGGUUCAUGUUGAUGAAACAAGGGGGACUUUGCAGUUCGCCAGUAGAGCUAAGCGCAUCACAAAUUGUGUUCAAGUGAAUGAGAUCUUGACGGAUGCAGCACUGCUAAAACGUCAAAAGAUGGAAAUUGAAGAGCUGAGGAGAAAAUUGAAGGGCUCUCAUUCAGGGGUGUUGGAGCUUGAGAUAUUAAAGCUGCGAAAUGAAAUGUUGAAGUCUGAACAAGAGAGAGAAAAGCUUGCUAUGGAACUAGAGAAAGAAAGAAAAUCUCGGGAACAACGAGAUUCAAGCUUUGAGGAGCAACAACUGAAACCUUUUGACGACAUUCCACAACCUGGUCAAGAAAGAUGCUCGGAUAUGGCACCGGAAAUUUGUUUAUCAGCAGAAGCAUAUGAUCGAAGUAAUGGAACACCCUCCAUUGACAAUUCUAGAACUCCCCGAACUCCUUAUCAUGGUGAUGUUUCAAAAGUUUUGGUAGCAAAGCGAUUUCAUGAAGCGGCUCUUCCUGAGUGUAGCCCCGUCCCAGAUGACUUUGCAAACGUUGCUGAUGAGGACAUGUGGAUGAGACUGAACAAAGGUCAUAGUACUAUUGACCUCGAUUUACUGCACUUUACUCCUGAUGUCAAGCAUUUCUCUAUUUCAUCAAGAGGUGCAAUCCAAGUUCAAUCUUCUAUUGAACAUCAUAAGGACGAAAUGAACGCACUGAGGUUACAAUUGGAAACUGCUCUAAAUUCAAAAACGGAGCUUGAGAAGAAUCUUGAAAACCAGCUUUCACUUAAUGAACAAUUAAUGUUGGAAGUGUCGAAACUCCAACAUGAGGCACUACUGGUAAGAGAGUACCCACAAAAGAUAUGGGACGCAGUUGCUGAACUGAAGGAUAUCUACACGAAUAUUUCUUCACAUGCCGAGGUUCUCACAAGUGAACAGAAGCACUCGAAUGUUAAAUUUCUGUCUAGCACAUGCGAUAUGGGUGUGAGCCUUUUUGAAGCCUUAGCAAACCAUCUUUUGUUGAUGACAAAAAAUGAGGGAGCUUAUCCUGGACUUUCAAUCCAAGAAGAAUUCAAAAUUCUUUCAGAAAAGAUAAGCCAGGUUGCUGCAUUAGCUAAGGCAUCAAAUAUAGUUGACACAUCCAAGGAGGAUCUUCUGCAAAACUGUAAAAUUCUAAGAGAGCAUACUUUUAUGGAGAAGACAAAUGGGUGCCUAUGUGAAUCAAAAGAUCAACUUCUUGAAUCCGUGCAAGAACGAUGCUGUAAUCUGGAAGAAGAGUGUAACAGCAUGAAGGAAGAACGAGCUUCCCUUGUUCAUGCUUUGUCCAUAUCGACACAGAACCUUGCUUUGCUGAACUCACAAAAGGAGGAGAUGCGCAAGGAACUCAAGGAAUUGCGUCGUCGCAAAACCAUCGAUGAGAAACUCCGGCAGUUUGGCAUGGCAUUUAUUGAACGCCAUAGCUUAUUUGCUUCCCUGCGCGAUGAUGUUCAAGCCAAGAGCCAGUGCCUGCAAGAUCUGUUUUGCUAGAAAUGAUUAUGAAACUGAUCCAAGGAGGUGUUUGGAGCAAAGAAAGCAAUUUUUUUAAUUUUAACAUAUUGUGGGUGCCAGCUGCUCGGCUCCAUGCUGCCAAGCUUCUCGGCUAUUGUUAUAGGCUGGAAAUGUGAAAUAACUAUUCAUAAUGUAGCUGCGAUUUGUUUAAUGUUUAAUCUUUUAUGCCCUCCA